AUACGAUUACAAAACGAUAAAGUGCCUCCCCAAGAGGAGUACGGGCGAAGUAUUAGCAGUCGAUGGGGGAGGUGCUUACGAAAAAAAAAUUACUGUCACUGGAUCCGCCAUGGCCCCGCUUCAAUUCGGCGCUGGUGCGUGCAGACCUCUCUCAACGCCAACCAAACAACAACUUUAAUAACGACAUAUGUUCGGCGGUCACCGUCCGCCAUGGGCGUCGAGAGUAGCCAUUAAAAGCCCGACUUAGAGCGCACCCUCUCCCUCCACGAAUACUCUUCCCUCCAUCCCUCCCCUAUCAUUUCAGCGGCAGAACGGCCGGCGAUGUCGCCGCCGCUGUUCCUCCUACUCCCGCCGCUACCGCCCAUUCCCCCACUCGCGGUGCCGCGGGAGAUCCGCCGGAUGGUGAGGCUCACUUUCCCGACCGCCCUCCUCACCCUCAUCGGCUACGGAAUCUUUUUCGCUUUCGGUCUCCUCCGCGACCUCUUCCGCAAGCUCCUCAACUGGUCCAAGUCCGACGACCCCAAGGGUUAUGCGCCCAUAUGUCCGGCGUUCGAGGAUUUCUACACCCGUCGCAUCUACCACCGCAUCCAGGAUUGUUUUGGUCGCCCAAUUGCGAGUGCACCGGAUGCUUGGAUCGAUGUGGUUGAGCGUUACUCCAAUGACAAUAACAAGACUCUACACCGAACUACAAACACAACAAGGUGCCUCAACCUCGGAUCAUACAACUAUCUUGGUUUUGCAGCAGGAGACGAGUACUGCACACCUCGUGUGAUCGAAUCUCUCGAGAGUUAUGCUCCUACUACUUGCAGCUCUCGGGCAGAUGCAGGGACCACUAAGUUGCAUACUGAACUUGAGGAGUUGAUAGCACGAUUUGUGGGGAAACCUGCGGCUAUUACUUUUGGCAUGGGAUAUGUGACAAACUCUUCCAUAAUUCCUGCUUUAGUUGGAGAGGGUGGUCUAAUCAUUAGUGAUUCAUUCAACCAUAAUUCCAUCGUCAAUGGUGCUCGAGCUUCUGGUGCCACAGUUAUGGUUUUCCAACACAACAGUCCGUCUCAGUUGGAAGAAUUGCUGAGAAAGCAGAUAGUUAAGGGGCAGCCUGGCACUGGCGAACCAUGGAAGAAGAUAAUGGUCAUUGUGGAAGGAAUAUACAGUAUGGAAGGAGAGUUCUCUAAGCUGCCUGAGAUAGUAGCUAUCUGCAAGAAGUACAAGGCAUACAUAUAUUUGGACGAGGCACACAGCAUAGGCGCUGUUGGAAAAUCUGGCAGAGGUGUUUGUGAGCUCCUCGGGGUGGAUCCAGCUGAUGUUGAUAUCAUGAUGGGAACUUUUACCAAGUCAUUUGGGUCCUGUGGAGGCUAUAUUGCAGCUUCAGAGGAUAUCAUUCAGUACCUCAGGUACGCUUGCCCAGCUCAUCUCUAUGCCACGUCCAUGUCGCCACCAGCAGUUCAACAAGUAAUAUCUGCAAUCAAGGUUGUUCUUGGGGAAGAUGGAUCAAACAGAGGAGCCAAGAAGCUUGCACAGAUUCGCGAGAGCAGCAACUACUUCCGAUCAGAACUUAAGAAGACGGGCUUUGUGGUUCUUGGCGACAAUGACUCACCAGUCAUGUCUAUUAUGCUAUACAACUUAGCUAAACUCCCUGCUUUUUCUCGUGAAUGCUUAAGGCAGAAUGUUGCGGUUGUGAUUGUAGCAUACCCUGCAACCCCGGUUUUGCUUGCCAGGGCCAGGAUCUGCAUAUCAGCUUCCCAUACCAGGGAAGACCUGAUAAGAGGCUUGAAGGUCAUCAGCGAAGUUGGUGAUCUUGUAGGGGCGAAGUGCCUCCCUGCCGAACCAGAGAAGAUAAAGUUUGAUUGAGAGAAAACAAAGACAGAAACAAAAGAAAUACAUGUUACCUACAUAUAUAUAUAUUUAAUUCCGUCAUUCCCUUUUGAUCAUCGAAAAUAGAUUACCUGUUUGGGCAAAAGCCUUGUUCAUAUGUUAUUUUCCGAUUUACCUCCUCAUAUGGGGCCGACGAUGUGGAAGUCAUGAUAGAUUCUACUUUUUACUACAAUUGUUCAUAUGUUAUUUCAUAUUUAUGAAAAGCGAAUAUUUUGUGAUUCUCUG